AUGGCUUCUACGACCACCAUAAACACCUGGAUGGAAGAGCUCGUGCUCUCUUUCCUUCCGCCCUCCACACCAACCGACUUGCGGAAACUCAAAGAUAAUUUCAUCCGCACAGUCAAGCAUCACAACUAUGGCCGGACCAACCAGUUUGCUGUCGCCGAAAGGCUCACCGGACUGGAAGAGAAGUUCCAGGUUUACAAUCUCGGCGACGUGGCUGCAGAACUUUUCUCGCGACGUGCGGAGCUGAAGAGAGACCACGACGACAAAAAGUGGUUGCCCGAUAUUCUAGAUUUCUUACUGCAUCUUUCUCACGACCCUGUGCACUUCAGCCGGAUUGAGAAUCUUGAGAAGUUGCAUCCUCGUACAGAGACCCCUCUGCCAUUGAAAUGGGAGGAGGUUGAAGGGGAUGAUCCUAUCGAUCGCCAAGAUGAGAUAUGGCGGCUUCCAAAGUAUUCUGAUUCCAGCUCUGAGGAGGACGAUGCUGUCCCUUCGAGUACAUCAACUUCACCAGCCACUGUGAAGCAUGAUCUCGAGAAGGAGAUAGACGUCGAAAGGGUGUUUGAGGCACCUGCCGCGCAAGAGUCGACAAAGUUGGACGCAGCGCAAUUCUGGAAUCGGCCGGGGCCUUUUGUGACCGUCACAGAAACUCAAGCUGUAAGGGAGGUACUGUUUAUGCUCACAGGCUUGCCGACAUCCAUCUUCAUCUCCACAAAUGACGGCAUCCGACCCAAUGCACGAUACUGUCUGGGUCAUCUCGGGAGCACCACGUCCAGGUCCUUACUGGAGGAGGUAGCACAGCUUGGCUCAGAUAUUGACUUCGUACGUCAAUGGUUGCGGACUCCUCAGGAUUCGGCCGUCAUGCAAUUCAUUCAAAGCGCGAUCAGCAGUAUCUUGACAAGUUUUGAAUCGACCAUAUCUAAGGAGCACACUGCCAUCCUACACCAAUCUUCGCCGACGGGUGUGAUUAGCCUCCUUCAAACGUUACAAAGGGUCGACAGAGCAAGCCGUCCUUUGAAAGCCGUCACCAUCAUCGCGUCUCAAUUCAUUCAGAGUGACCACAUCGCCGCCCUGAACACCAUCUACAGCCAUCUGGACACCGCGCAUUCUUGCUCUAACUCUGUCGAAGUGGAGACAUUCCUUCCCAUUUUCCUGUCUUCCCUCGCGCUAUAUUCGAAACCUAUCGAUGUAUGGUUGCUCACCGGCAGAAUCGAGCCCACGGAACCGUUCUUUGUCUUUGAGAACGACAGGAAGACGCGGGUGGCAAGCACCUUGUGGCAUGAUUGGUUCACCCUGACGCCGGCAACAGACAACACGAUCCCAAUAUUUCUGAAGAAGUUUUGUGAACGCAUACUCACAAUCGGCAAGACUGCUGCCUUCUUGCACCAUCUCGGACGAGCCACCUCAAACAGCUGUAACCAUGAUCUGGGACUCGCCGCUGCGGCAGCGGAAACAGCCCAUCUGAUAGCGAGCUCGCCACUGCCCUUUUCCGCGACUUUCGAAAUGGUCCUUGAUCGACAUCUUACAGCUCUGCUCGACAUUUCCACGAGUGCUCUCAGGCACGUUCUGGAAACAAGCUGCGGUCUGACAAGGUUCCUCGACGCGCUUGACUACCUCUAUCUUGCCAAAGACGGUGUCCUCCUCGAUGGCAUUGAAAGCAAGAUGUUCGAUCAAAUAGAUCGCUGUGUAGAGAUGUGGAACGACCGCUUUCUUCUCUCUGACCUUCUAUCUGAAGCAUUUCAGAACACUGAAUGCGUGGAUGUCGACGCAAUCACAGUUCACGCAGCGUAUACCUCCUCGCGAAGCAUGGAAAAUCGACGUCGCUCUGUCAGGAUCCUGGGCGCCGUGUCAAUCUCGUACCAUCUCAGCUGGCCAAUUGCAAAUAUCAUCCUCCCUGCUUCUAUAAUUUCCUACCAACGCGUUGCUCUGAUACUAAAUCAAAUCCGCCGCGCCAGGGCCCUGCUCGAAAGCCGAGCGUAUUUCUACGUUCAGCACGUGCCCUUACCCUUUGACCACCCCAACGACCACAGACUCGCCCGAUUGAUAUUCUGGCAGCUGUCUCAUUUUGCAAACAUUCUUUAUAGCCAUCUCACGGGCUGCACCGUCCAAGCUUUCACAACAACCAUGCGCGAACGACUACAUUCGUCCUCUACCAGGAGUGUCGACGACAUGAUAGCUAUCCACACCCAGUACAUCACCGGGAUGGAGCAUGCGUGCCUCAGCAGCAAACGAAUCAAACCUCUGCGCGACGCACUGAUCGCAAUUCUCGACCUGUGCAUUCGAUUCACAGAUCUUGUGACCUCGCCUUCCACCGUCCCCGAAGUGCGCCCGGGUUCGGGAGACGCGGACGGAGGAGACUUUGAAGCCAGCAGUUUCAUUUCGGCGCGCAGCCAGCGAAGGCACCGACGAGGAGGAGGAGGGGGGGGGAGGGGGAGACAACAACAAGAUGACGUGUAUUCCUCGUCAGAGGACGACGACGAGGCCGGAAUGGGAGAGGGGGAGGGAUAUUCCACGUUCGUCCUCGAGGAAGACGCCUCGCUCACGCAGGAGAUGAUCAAAGUGCGGGACACGUUCAGGAGGCACGUCCAGUUCUUGGUUGCGGGCUUGAGAGCCGUGGCGAGGAGUUCUCGUUCGAAUUCGCCUCAGGGACAAGGGCAAGGGCAAGGGCAAGAACUGCAGGUCUGGGAAGUAGGCGAGAAUUUUGAAUUGUUGGCCGAUUCGCUUGAGGGAGUCUUCCCUGCGAGCAGGAGGGUUCUUACUUGA